AUGCUAGUAGACGAUGUUUCAGAGGUGACACGGAAAGCUCCCAAGUCCGCUCUCGAAACCGUGCGCAUGAUGCGUGAAAAGACGCAGGUCCCCGUACCUGAGGUCUAUAACUUCGACACAGGCAACGACAACCCUCUUUCGGCCCCAUACAUCGUGAUGAGUUAUCAGUCGGGUCGCCAGAUAUGCGAUGCCUGGUAUGAGGAUCGGAAACACGGUGGAAACGUGCGGAUGAACAUUCUCGAGUCCGUUGCGCGAGCGAUGGCACAUCUCUCCUCGAUGCAUUUUGAUACGAUCGGGUCCACAAUCGACGGCGCACAGACUCUCCCACGCGGCCUUGGAUGUGAUCGAUAUCCUGGCUUUAUUCUAAUGGACUUCAAUCCAAUGUAUGGGGCACUCGGAUAUGGGGACCCCACGGCCGAGUGGGAGGACUACCCAAAGCGACCCGCCAAUUUCUGGUUGAAAUACAAGGCAAGGGCGCCCAAUUGGACACAGCAGGUUCCGAAUAUCGAGUUGCCAUAUGGCAUGCGGUACUCGAACCAAGCUCUCGCCACCAGCAGUGUGCCCGCAUUGCCCGACAUCUAA